UCUUCAAACCGAAAGAAAACAGGACAGCCCGUCCAAGGAGUGCGGUGGCAGCGAUAUUUCGCCCCCCCCAAAAUAUAUAGCCUACAUACGGUAUCGUGCGACAGUUGUGUGAAUUGACGCAGCGGUUUUCUUAUUAGGUAUGUUCUGUCAGUGUCUCAUCUACUGACUAACGUACGUGGUGGUUUGUACAUUAGUAGAAAUCGACCCAAGAUGAAGGAUGGCUGUGGCCUGUUCCUGAGGCUGCAAGAGAAAGGCCUGCUGGAUGACCACUACUUCCUGUCCCAGCUUCUCAGUGUCAUUGGUCGAAUGGACCUGCUCCACCUCCUGUAGCCGGAGUGAACGGCCCACACCCAGGCUGACGCAAGCCCUGCCCUUUCACAGUACAGGAGGAUGUUGUAUAAGGUCUCGGUAGAUGUAACUCAGGAGAAUGUCACUAAGAUGAAGUUUCUGCUGAGUGAUAAACUGCCCAGAGGACGACUGGAUCUCUGCACUACAGCCCUGGAGGUGCUGUGUGAGAUGGAGAGGCAGGGGCUUCUGACAGAGGACAGACUGGACGAGUUACAGAGGACACUGGAGCAGUGUGACACACCGCUGACCCACAUAGUACGCCAGCACAGAAGAGGUGAGGAUGGGUAAAGCAUGAGUUUGUACUCAGAUGCAGACACGGCACCUCAGACUGGGUCUCGGCCUGACCAGAUGGAGCGCUAUCCUAUGACCCUUAAUCCUCGGGGGACGUGCUUCAUCAUCAAUAACCACCACUUCCUAGCAACUUCAGAUCUGAGGGACAGACCAGGGACUGAGCAGGACGAGAGUAGGCAUCCUUGCUCACCUUAUUGGUUGAUAUUAUGGGCAUGAUCUCAUUCAGUGAAGCCCAUUGGCCAAUCUGGAUGUAAAAUUCUGUCAUCUCUCUUUCUUUCUCUCUCUAGGGGCUCUUUUUAGUGUGUAUAUUGGUCUCAGGGACCCUACCACAGCUUCCUGUACCUUGGCCCAUCUCCCAUCAGAGAGAGUGUGACAUAGAGAUAGAAAGAGGACUCAUCCUUAUAUCUUUGCCAUUAUAGUGCCUGUGACAGCAUGGGCAGCGCCAUUGAGGCUACAACCCAUAUAAAUCCCCACCUAGUUGACUACUUUAAAAUGGU